UGGGGAAUGAUUUACCACUUGGUGGGUGAAAGAUUCUGAUUGUGGUUAAUGUUUGGAUGAUUUCCAGGUUCAAGGGCAUAUCACACUAUGAAGGACCCGAAUCAAACAACCAUACAGCCCUCCCAUGCCCUGGUGAGCUUCUUGUCGAAGAGCACCAUAGUAACUAUGGUGAGCCCUGGGCUGGUGGGAGAGAUGUGUUUGAGUUCCUGGCAGAGUCUACCCAAUUAAGACCCAAUUCGCGUGUUCUUGAGAUUGGGUGUGGCACACUCCGUGUUGGAUUGCAUUUUAUUCGUUACCUCAAUCCUGAACACUUCCAUUGUCUUGAGAGGGAUGAGCUUUCUCUAAUGGCGGCAUUAAGAUACGAGCUUCCUUCCCAAGGUCUACUACACAAGCGUCCUCGAAUAGUGAAAGGUGAUGAUAUGGAUUUUAGCCAGUUUGGUUCAGAAGUAGCGUAUGAUUUGAUAUAUGCAAGUGCUGUUUUCCUCCAUAUGCCUGAUAAGCUUGUGUGGGUUGGGCUAGAAAGGUUAGCAAAUAAGUUGAAACCAUAUACUGGACGAAUAUUUGUUUCACACAAUAUUAAGUUCUGUUCCCGUCUGGGAGGAGAGGAGUGCACUAAGAGGCUUACGAGUUUAGGCCUCGAAUAUAUUGGAAAGCAUACACAUGAUAGCUUAUUGUUCAAUCAUUAUGAAAUUUGGUUCGAGUUUAGGAGGUCCAGAGCAUAGAAUAGAGAACUCAAGUCUUCUUCUUGACUCAAAUCUUCUUCUUGAUCAAAAUUCUUUGCAACUCUGUUUCUGUCACAAAGCUAGC